CACACCACGUGGCCUUGCAGCCCGGGCUUGGUUUCCAGGUUGCAGCACAUUGCUGCAAAUCUGGGGGUCACUUUCCAGGCCCUGUCAUGAGCUUGGUGGGCUUCAUCCACCCAAGAUAGCUGGAGUCAGAGGUUUCUGCAAAAGAAAGGGCGUUUUAGGGUCCAGGUAUGCUCUUUGAGGACAUUAUUCUGGGUUGAGCCAUAUGAAGAGUCAAGGGUGGGAUGUACUAGUUCAUCAGCCUAGGGGCCGGGACUGGACCUGAUGGGGCCACCUCAGGGAUACUGGGGUGGGGCUUGGCACAGGGGACUGUCCCCAGUGCAGCAACCCUUGUGGUGUUGGGGUACCAUGCCCAGCCUGGUCAGCAAGUGGAGCAGAAGACUCAGUGACUGUGCAGAGCUGGCUAAAGCUAGGACCAAGGAAGGGCUCUCUCUGCACAGGACGCUAAGAGGGUGCUUCUGUUACUGAUGGGUUUUGUAGAGCCAACAACCCUAAAGAAGUCUCUACAUAAGGCCCCAAAUGAGCUCGCAGUUAUUCCAGCCAUGGGCACUAGGGGGCAGCCCUGGGACCAAACCCCUACGCGAUCCAGUCCCAGGAAAGGGAGUCUAACCAAGCCUGCCCAGUUGUCACUACUGGAGCCUGGGCCCAGCAGCUGCGGAACCACAGCAAUGGCAUGGCCUUUCUAGCUGACCCAUUCCAGCAGAAAGUGGCCCAGAAAGAUGGGGCGUAGGGAGGGCAGCGAGGACCUGAGUGGCUGCACAGCUGAGUUACUCCUGCAGGUGCUUCUGACGCUGGCAUGGAGCAAGUGCCUGCGGCCUCAGCCAAGGCCGGAAGCCAGGGCUGCUCGGCCCACUGCGCCCCAGGUAAGUCGGGCCAGUGCGGGGGGUAGCUGGGGCCCGGCUGCAGAGAGGCCGCCCUGACCCGUGUCUCCUCCCAGGGCAAAAGCCCCACAAGGCCUAGUGAGCUGCAGCUGCCAGCCUGGGGAUCCCUUUUAAGAUGACCCGCACGGACCCGCCAGACCUCCUGGUGUCGACCGUGUAUCAGGACAUCAAGGUGGCGGCCCCGGGGCCAGCGUCGAAGCGCCCACCAUGUGAGCGCUCCGUGGCCCCGCCUGCUGCGCCUGCGCCUUUCAACAAGCGCCACUGCCGCAGCUUCGACUACCUGGAGGCGCUGGACGGGGCGACCAUGGAGGCCCUCCCUGAGCCGCCACCUGCAGAGCCCGCAGGGCCCCGCGCCCGGCCCCGCGACGACCACGCCCGGGCCCGCGCCGUCCCGCAGAUACACGGCCUCACGGUGCCCGGGCCCCGCCACGUGGCGCUCUCGCGCACCCCCACCCCCAGUGACUCGUACUGCGUGGACCCGCGGGCGCUGUAUUGCGACGGGCCCCUCCCAAGGCCCCGAGACUACACAGAGCGCCCCAGUCUACCCUUCACCACCCCGCCGGGCCCCACCCAAUUCUUCUACACCGAGGAGCCCGAGGGCCACCCCGGCGGCUUUAUGGCCAGCCCCGGCCCUCCCUUUGACAGCUACUUCCACAGGCCCUUUUCAUCAGAGGAGGCCCCAGGGCCCAGUCCAAGGCGCGGGGGCGGCUACUAUGCAGAAGUGCGUGCCUUCCCAGUCCAGGAACCACCCUCCCGUUCCUACUACGGAGAGGCUCCCAGAGCCUACGGCCCGGCCUGGGGCCCCCGCUAUCCUCCCGGGGAGCCCCAGGUUCAUCCCGCCGCCCGAACUUUUUACACAGAGGACUUCGGACGGUACCGCGACCGUGAAGCCAUGGCGCGGACUUACCCACACCCACGAGGCAGCCAGGCCUGGGGUGACUGGGGCCCGCGGCCUUACCGCACCCUGCAGGUGGCACCUCCCCCAGAUCCCGGCCCGUUGCUCGCCUCCUGGCACGGAGGCAGUGGCACCAGCCCACCUCGUCUGGCCACCGACAGCCGCCACUACUCUCGCUCCUGGGACAACAUCCUGGUGUCCAGUUCGCGCCGGGAGGACGCACUGGGCCGAGGCCGCAGCUACGAAAACCUGCUGGGGCGUGAGGCACGGGAGCCGCGGGGCGCUUCCCCCGAAGGCCGGCGCCCGCCGGUCGUCGUGAACCUGUCCACCUCCCCCAGACGCUAUGCGGCGCUGUCACUGUCCGAGACGUCGCUGUCGGAGAAGGGCCGCGUUGGCGAGGGCCCAGGCCGCAAUUGGUAUGUCACGCCAGAGAUCACCAUUACGGACAACGACCUGCGAGCCGCCGAACGCCCAACAGCCCGGGGCUGGGAGCUGCCCGGGGGCCGCCCACGGCCGGCUGUGCCCGCCGGCCCUACCUCUGGCCGUCAGCCCGGCAGUGCUGAGGAGCCCGCGGGCCCAGGACAGGCGGCCGACGCGUCCCCUGAGCCCAGCGCUGACGAGGACGACCUGAUGACAUGCUCCAACGCGCGCUGCCGGCGCACAGAGACCAUGUUUAACGCUUGCCUAUAUUUCAAGUCCUGCCACAGCUGCUAUACCUACUACUGCUCGCGCCUGUGCCGCCGCGAGGACUGGGACGCGCACAAAGCGCGCUGCGUGUACGGCCGCGUGGGCAGCGUGUGCCGCCACGUGCUGCAGUUCUGCCGCGACAGCGGUCCGGUGCACCGCGCCUUCUCGCGCAUCGCGCGUGUCGGCUUCUUGUCCCGCGGGCGCGGCGUGCUCUUCCUGGGCUUCCCGAGCCCUGGCUCCGCAGACAACUUCCUGCGCUUCGGCCUCGAGGGGCUGUUGCUAUCGCCCACUUACCUGUCGCUGCGCGAGCUGGCCACGCAUGCGGCACCCCUGGGCAGCUACGCGCGUGAGCUGGCAGCCGCCGGGCGCCUCUACGAGCCAGCCGAGUGCUUCCUGCUCAGCGUGUCGGUGGCAGUAGGGCCCGGCGCCACGCCCCCCGGCAGCCUUGCUCGGCCCGCGCCGCGCAGCCCUGGGCCCACGGUGCGCAAGUUCGCCAAGGUGGCGCUGGCGGCCGGCAGCCCGGCGCGGCCACCCCUGGCCCGGGGCCACGAACCCGACAUGGAAACGCUGAUUCUGACGCCACCUCCAGGCACGGUGGGACUGGACCAAGACGGGGAGGCGGGCCGGCGCGCGCGCGAGGUAGCCUUCAUUCACAUCCAGCGCGAGCUGCGGCUGCGCGGUGUCUUCCUGCGCCACGAAUUCCCGCGCGUCUACGAGCAGCUCUGCGAGUUUGUAGAGGCCAACCGGCGCUUCACGCCAACCACUAUCUACCCCACUGACCGGCGCACCGGUCGCCCCUUCAUGUGCAUGAUCAUGGCUGCCUCCGAGCCUCGCGCACUCGACUGGGUGGCCAGCGCCAACUUGCUCGACGACAUCAUGUGAGCCGCAGGAGCUCGCCAGGAACCCACCCAACCUACCCAAGACCGAUCCAGUCCACCUAGGACUGCCCCCGAGCCCCGCCCAACUCACUCAGGCCCAGCCCAGCCCGCUCAGGCCCCGCCCAGUCCACCCAGGGACGCCCCGAGCCCUGCCCAGCCCACUCAGGACUUGCUCAGUCCAUUCAGACUUCGCCCAGUCCACCGAGGGCCCACGGCCCGCCCAACCCACUCAGGCCCCACCCAGUCGGCCCAGGGUCCGCCCAGCC